AUGCAACCGACCGGCAACUGGGGAGCGCCUGGAAGCAGCGUCCCGUCUGAUUUGCAGCCUGUCAUGUCCUUUGGCAACCAAGGCACAUCGCAGCAACAGCAACGGCAACAGCAACAGCAGCAACAGCAGCAGCAGCAACAACAACAACAACAACAACAAUCUCAACAACAUCAAGAACAACAACACUUCUUCGCUCAAUCACAACAAGAGCAGCAGCAGCAGCAGGCCCCUCCGGCACAACAUCAACAGCAUUCAUACCAAAAUCAGCAACACGAACUGCAAAUUCACCCCCAUUCGUCUGACCCAACACGCCCAGGCCAGCCGCCGCCGCCGCAUGUAGAACAUUUCCAGCAACAACAAGGCUCAUUCAACGACCAAAGCAGCGCAUUCAUGCCGCAAUCUGGCGGUUUCAUUGCAGACACGCAUUCUGCCUAUGGGUUGAACCAGCCCGCGCCAGCACCGUCUUCGUCGUCGUCUUCGUCGCUCAGCCGCGCCUUUGAAAACUUCAAUGCGCAAACUUUUCAUCCCCCUCCCCAACAACAGCAUCACCAACAAUCUCAACAGCAGCACCAACUUCAACAGGCCUCGCCCUUUCCGUCGGGCAACAACCACUCGUUCAGCGGUGGAGGACAAAGUUUCGACGCCCCGACCUAUGGCGCGCGAUCUCACGAUGCGGCUAUGACGUCGGAUCACCCACGCGGCUCCUAUGACUUCUCACAGGUCAUGGGUGUGCAUUCUGUGCAUCCGCAGCAGCAGCAGCGACCCCAUCAGUCCAGUCUGCAUCAUCAGCAUUCGUCCUCUGCCUUGGCCGCGUUUGGGCAACCGUCCCUCGACGCAGCGGCGAACGUCAGCAGCGAUGUCAACGGACCUUCCACCCUAAAGUUGCCCGACUUUGACUCCUUCGGCAUUGUCCGGUCGACCACCGGCGGCAGCAGUACUGCCAGCUACGGCAGCGGCGCCGAUCAUUCGUUCACCACGUCCUCUUCGGCAAAUUCGUUGGCUGCCGGCCAGGGCUUGGAGGCGUCGCCAUCGUCGUCGUCGUCUCAGCGCAUGCCGGCGUCACACUACAGCGAUUCGGCGCUGAACCAGUCGCAGCAGCUAGCGGCACCAUCGCUCAACCGGUCCAGGAAACCAGCCGCUCUCGACUUUGGUCCCGGGCCCUCAUUGUCACGCAACUUGGGCUCUGGUUCAGGCCCAUCGCUCCAACUGCGUCACCAGGGCAGCAGCAACCAAGGAGGUGCCGCUCAUCACGAUGCUUGGCUCGAGGCGACGGCCGGUGCUGACGCCAUCACGCCUCAAGCUCCCAAUAGCCGAGUGGCACAGAGCCAGCCAAUGGCUCCACUGACGCUGCACAACUCUGGGGAGUCGACCACCUUCUACGCACCCAUGGACGUAAGCGGUCGGGAGUCAUCAGGCGAAGGGUCAGGGAACCAGUAUGUUUCUGCUGCCAACGUACAGCAGCGCGCGUCAUCGUCAUCUUCCUCGUCGUCGUCGUCGCACCACCAGAUUCAAGGAUUGAUGCCCUCCUCCUCCUCAUUGGAGCAGCUCUCUUCGCUCCAGGUUCAAAUACCCCGCUCUCCAUCAGACCUGCAACACCGUCACCAAGCCUCGAGCAACUCCUCGCCAAUGGCAGCGCCAGGUCCCUUUGCUGUGCAGAUGCAGCAACAGCAGCAACAGCAGCAGCAGCACUACCAGCAGCAGCAGCAGCAGCAGCAGCAGCAGCAUGGACUCAUGGGUAGCUUCAAGGGAAAACCUUACGAGAGAGGCCCGAUGCGGCCCAUGUCCAGUGCCAGCACGGCGAGCUAUGCAAGCAAUAGCAGCGGUGGCAGCAAUCGGUCUAUGAUCAUGCAACGGACCAGCAGUGCGGGCGAGAUCCAAUCAUACGAAUCCUCGCCCGACGACGCAUUUAUUGCUGCUUUCAACCAGCCAAGUAAUUCUCAGCAGUGGCUUGGAUCUCCUCAGCAAUUCCAAGGAAACAGCCCACAGCAGCAGAGGAGGAUCUCGACGCCUCAGAGGCUCCAGCAGGUGCGCGAGACGACGUCUUCGAGCCCGCAACAUCCCUUUGCGACGUCGAGCCAGUUGCAGCAACAGCAGCAGCAAGGGUCCCCCAUGGGCUUUGACGCCGGUGGCUUUAGUGACCAUCGUCUGUCAGCGGCGUUGGCGGCCGCUGCGCAAAUCAAUACUGCCGGCGGCCCUGGCAACGGUGGCAUGCAAGCCUCGCCCAGGGAAGGCAACAGCACGCCCACGAUCAUGGAGGAGGAGGAAGAUAUGGCGACGACGCUCAGGACAGCCCACCAACCGCCGUUUGCGGCCGAAGACAUUCCUGAAUUGCACCUCCAAUUUGACAAUCUGGCCCAGCAGCCGUUGCAUGUCCAGCAGCAGGAACUCGCACGCAUGCAGCUGCAGCAGCAGCAGCAGCAGCAGCAGCAGCAACAGCAACAGCAUCAUCAAGCGCAUGGUCUUCGGCACAGUCAAAGUAUGCCUCAGCAGGUCAUGGUCCCUCGCUACGCCGAUGGGGGACCGGCAGCAGUUCUGCGAAGGCAUCGACCGCACGUCAGGCCGAGCGUGUACCAGCAGUACAGUUCGUUGCAAUUUGGCAACGAGCCUAUGCGCGACCUGGGCGACUGCACACCCUUUAUCGACGAGAUCAUCGGCAACUACCUUGCGACGCCGAGCCGGCUGGGCCUGGGCGAGAGAACGGUGCUGGUGAUGACGAGCAAAGUGGCGCAGAAGAGCUACGGGCAAGAGAAGCGCUUUCUCUGCCCACCACCGAUGGUUUUGCUCGUUGGCAGCAGCUGGUGGAGCGCUGCGGGCCAAGAUGGUUCCGCGCGGUCCGGUGGCGCGGGACCAUUCCCUUCGCCCGUGGCCUCGAAGGAGGAAAUGACGGUGCUGACACCGCCCAAGCUGACGAUUACCAUUAGCGGCGAGGCCGUGACCCAGGAGGGCAGCCUCGAAUGGGCGUCGAGCACGGGCAGGCUCAUUGACGUCGGUAAUUCAUCGUCGGAGAUGGCCAUCUCUGGUCGAUCCAUUGCAAGGCAUCUCUACAUAACGGACAUUGACGAAAAGAGGCGGCAUUGUGAGGCCCUUGUUAAGAUAUCUGUGCCUGGCGAGACACAGUCGGAUCGACGCACACUCGGCACGUUCUCGAGCAAGCCCAUCAAGAUCAUCAGCAAGCCUAGCAAGAAGCGACAGAGCUCGCGUAACUCGGAGCUGUGCGUCAAUCACGGAUCGACGAUCUCGCUCUUCCACCGGCUGAGAUCGCAGACGGUCUCGACUCGGUAUUUGUGCGUUUCAGGCGCUCCCACGUGGUUCAAGGGAUCCGACGGCGAGCCCUUUCUCAAGUCGGACCGGACAGGCAUGCUUCCCAAUCGAAGCGAGCCGCCGUCUUGCUUUGUUGCCAAGACGACGAGCUGGGACCCCUUCAUUGUCUACCUCGUUGAUCCACACGUGUCGUCCAAGGCUAGGCCUGACUCUUCGUCCCAGUCGCCAUGUCCCGGCUACCCGCCCUUGCCCGUCAAUGCGCUGCCGUACAACCCUGCGCAGCCAACGCCGCUAUACUACAACCAGCCUGUGGUUCUUCAAUGUCUCAACACGGCUGUUGUUAGCCCCAUCAUGGUGAUUCGCAAGGUCGAGCGAGGCACCACCAUUGUGGGAGGCGGACAGCAGCCCAUCUCGCCCACGACCGGCAAAUUCGACCCGUCGGCAGAGGCUUGGGGCGAUCCCGUGUCUCAGUUGCACAAGAUCGCCUUUGAGAUCAUCGAGGACCCUAAUACGCCAGCGCCGACGCCAACGUCUGAGUCCGGCGAGAUGCAAUCUCCCGGCGAGAGUGGCCACUUCCUAGGAUGUCUCAACGAGCACGUCGGACUGCGCAGACCCUCGGCAUCGCGGCAGUGGGUGGCCAGCGCCAUGAGUGGGCCUCCAACGCCUACAACUCCUAUCACGCCCAUGAAUGUAUCCGGUGCCCCGUCUAACGAGAACGAAGCGCUCAAAAUGACGGCAUCGCCUCCUACCAGCCCAACGGCGGCUGCGGCGGCGUACGCCGCUGCACAGACUAGGUUCUCGCUCGGUCAGGGGCCACGAGGGGCCAUGAUUCCUCCAUCGGCAUCUUCAUCGAGUAGCGGGCCCGGAGGAUUCAGCUUCAGCGCCUAUCACCAGCAACAGCAAAAUCAGCACCACCUUCAACUGCAUCAGCAACAGCAGCAGCAGCAACAUCAACAGCAGCAGCAACAGCAACAGCAGCAACAGCAGCAAGAAGAAGAACUCAUGGAUUCAACCGAGUCCAAUGAUGGUGGUAAGGUCAAGCGUCCUCGGAGAGUCUCGUCAUCGGUCGUGGUGCAAAAGGACCGAGCUGGAGCAUUGGCCUCCAAAAAUCGCCGUCGUGGCCAGUCGAUGUCGGUACUAGGAAUGCAGCAGCAAAUGCUUAGUCAAGGUGCUGCUGGCUCUGCUUCAGGACCGUCUUCGGCGAUGCAGCAUGCUCAACAGCACAAUCAUCAAGGCAACGCGGGCGGCGGCAACUUUGCGAGCUCCGAGCUGCUCCGCCGAACGAGCAGCUUUGCCAACAGCCUUUCGGCCUCGGAGACCUCUUCUCUGGGUGCGCCUCCCGGGUCACUCUGGACCGUCGAUGUCAACGACUCAGACAUUUGGACAAUUGUCGGAACUGAUAUCGCGCGGCAUACCUUUUAUCUUCCGCCGAAGCUCGUUGGCGGCUUCCAUGCCAGGGUGCCAAACAAGGACCAGUCGAUUGGCCACCUCAUCAACGUACCCGCUCCUGCAAAGGAGAUUACGCCUGUGCCAGUCCUGACGUCGUAUAACACCAGCACAGCAAAGGGCUCCAGUGGAGGAGGUGCCGACAAAGGAGCGAACAGCAACCAACAAGGCCUCGUUACCCUCUUUGGCGAGAACCUUUCGCAAGACCUGUUUGUCUACUUUGGCGACUGGCGAUGCGCCCAGAUGAAGCUGCAAAGCAGCACGACGAUGCUCUGUGCUCCACCGCCGCACCUCGAUGAAGGUGGCGUUCCCCGUGGCAGGAUGCCCAUUCUGCUCGUCCGAACCGACGGCGUCAUUUUCCCGACGUCAGUCAUCUAUGAAUGCUGA